GGUUUGUCUAUUUGUUCUUGCUUCAAGCUACCAUUAGUUGUCUAUUUGUUCUUGCUUCAAGCUACCAGUAGUGUAAUACAAUCUGAACAUUGAAUCAUGUAGUAGUGGAAGGCAUAGGCUUGUCUUCGGGUGUGGAUGUAGAAGACGAAUCUGUGUUUGAUUGGGCUUCUAUGGUUCUCGGUGGUUUGUGGGAGGAGGAAGGGAGACGUGAUGUUCCUAGUGAGACGCAAAUGUAUUCGCAACUUGGACUAAUUGAAGAGGACGAGGCAGAGGAAAAUAGAAGGGAUGAAGCCUUACGAGGUGGUACAACUAAUUUUGAUGAAUCGGACCAUGUUGAUUCAGGAGACCAAAAUACAGACCAACCAUGUGAGGACUACCUACCGGACGAGAAGAGAGCUAAGUAUGAUAAAAUUAAUCCCUCAAUGCAGCCAGGCAGUUUGUUUUCGAACAUGAAGGAAUUUAGAAUUGCUAUGAGACAGUAUGCCAUAAAGCAUGAGUUUGAGCUUGGAAUCGAUGUGACUUCGACUACUCGAUAUGUUGGCUAUUGCAAAGGUGGUGAUUGUCCUUGGAGGAUUUAUGCACGGGAGGAAAAGAAAGGAUUGCCUACCAUCGUGGUUGCUGUCUUGCAUGACGUUCAUACUUGCACAUCUAGUGGCAAGAGGAAGACGACAACACCAAGUAGUGGAUGGGUAGCAUUUCACGCUAUUCCACUACUAAUGAAGAAACCCCAAAUGGGUGCUAAGGAGUUGCAAGAUUUAUUGCAGGUUCUUCAGGCUGUUUUUUUGCAGGUUCUGGUACCAGUUCUCGUUUUAUUGCGAGAACCGAAGGAAAUAAAACAUGGUUCCCAGAACUAGCAACAAUCUGUGCUUCUCAGAACCGAAGGCUGUUUUCUGGGAACAAAAUGGGAACAAUCGUUUUCUGGGAACCGAAUGCUGUUUUCUGGGAACCAUCUACCAACAAUCUGAGUAUUUACAACCGAAGGCUAUUUUCUGGGAACCAUGUUUUCUGGGAACCGAAUGCUGUUUUCAGGCUAUACCGAAGGCUGUUUUCUGGGAACUAAUCUGAAUUUUGUUCCUAGACAAAUGGUUCCCAGUUUCAAUAGAGUUUUGUUCCCAGUUUUAAGACAAAUGGUUUCCCAAAACUGAUCUGAAUUUUCUAGGAACCGAAGGAGACAAAUGGUUCCCAGUUUUGUUCCCAGAAUACAGUUCCCAGAAAAUGGAACCGAAGGAGACAAACGGAACCGAAGGAGACAAACUGAUCUGCGCAGU